UAUAACUUUAUACCCAAUAGAAAUGAUACCACUGAGAACAUGUCAACGUUCAGAUGUAUCCCCGCGACCGACGAGCUCUUAUGUCCCAGCUACGUAUUUAACAUCAGUCUGUUUAUCCGUCUUGGAGACAGUGGCAUGUUGAAAUACGUGCCAUCUGGUGAUGUCAUUUCACCUGGCGAAUACGUUUUACUUGAUAGUGACACGAUCCGAGUGUGUCAGUUCCUGAGUCAAAAUGGCACGUUUAAUGAAACAACGCAGGACUUUUUCUUCUACUACUCGUCCAUACAAACAACCCUUAGCCUUGUAGGCACAACCCUGUCACUAGUGUCGCUAUUCACAACGCUCGUCUGUUACAUCACGUUUCCAUCUCUUCGUCGGCUCGUCAGCAACCAGCUCAUCAUGAUCUUUUGUGGCACCCUCCUAGUGGCACAGUGCCUACUCUUGUUUGGCGGUAUGGCGAGCUCGGUGUCUGAACGCCUGUGCAGCGUUCUAGCGGCAAUAUCGCACUUCUUAUGGUUGACUACAUUCACCCUGUCUUCUUCAAUCGCAUACGAUCUCCGUCGAACCUUUGGAUUCAGCAAGACGAUCAGGGUAUUGACAACAAAUCGCAAAGUCCUCAUAUUUUACUUAUCAUUAGCCGCAGGGUUGCCUCUGCUGAUUGUGGCUACCUGUCUGGCCCUGAUGUUCUUCGUAGAAGGCAUUGAUUUGCAUUACGGCGAUGAACAAACAUGUUGGAUUGGCGGAGGGCAAGCUAACCUCAUAGCAUUCGGCGUCCCAGUCCUUGUGUUGCUGGCGUUCAAUUUCUCCUGUUUCUUGGAUACGAUGCGUGGCAUAUUGAAGAGCAAGAGGGAAAGGAAGACCUUGCAAGAGGGAACAGAAAACCAGAAGGACCACCAGGAACUCUUCAAAAUUGCCGUUAAGAUCUCUUCACUCAUGGGCUUCACAUGGAUGUUCGGCUUCAUAGCUGCUUUCAGCAAACAGCAAGCUGUCUGGUAUGUUUUUAUCAUCAUCAACUCACUCCAAGGAGUUUACAUAUUUCUGGCUUUCGCUGCUACCCGCAGAGUCUUCGAUCUGUGGCGUGGCCUAGUGAUGGGCAAGGUUUCGUCGGGUACCAGCCUGCAUGGCUCCUCUCAGCGGAUCAAGGAUAGGACGACGACGACCUCUGUACGAAAUACAUCCAUAUGAUUGGGUGGACGUCUGGGUUUUGGAUUGAACCGCAUCUGCUGUCAUUGACACCACCUGCUAUACAAAAUCUCGACCGAUUCCCCUUUUCAGGAAAUUAUAAAUCUCCUUAAUGAUUAUAUAUUGCCAAAUAUGAAAGAACCUAUCAAAUGUGUCAGUUAACUUGAAUUAUCUGUACAUGUAUAAUCAAAUAGCAUAAUUUAUUCUCAUGAUGGCUCAUUCCAGAGGUUCCCAUAUGAACAUGUUAUUAGACGAGCCCCUUUGUUCUCCGAAACCGUUAUUUUAUUAAAGCUGAGGAUUGCAUUUCGUGUUAACUACUAUAUAUUUAUGUUGAUAUAAUUUGUCCAUAUUCAAUUUCAAAAGAGACAAAACAUAAAUGAAAUACUAUAACAUAUUGUUAUCAGUAUUGUGCUCCAUGAAUCUGACUUUGAGGACAUCAGACGUAAUGUUCGUUGCCUUGGUCUCGGGGUGGAUCCACAAACGAUUCCGGGACAAUCGAGGCCCAAUAAAGCAAGGAAAUACUUAUUUUCUUAAUAAGAAGUAAAUAAUGUGACGAUCGGUCUAACUAAUAAAGACAAACAUUCCCAUGCAUGUCUAUACGCAACAAGAAUUUUGGGCAGUUACUCUUUCACCCCUACAUUUCGAAAAAAAAAAUGUGCAGCAAAUUGUUUCUUGUCGAUCCCCAAUGUAAAACACCAUGGUGAUAAGCUCGGCCACUUCCCGAGCUGCUGUCUUGUGUUUUCGAAUAUUUUGCGUAGUAUGGCCCCCAACCACAACACCCUCACAAACCUGUGUACAGCCUUGUUUCCUUUGAGGAAAUAGUAAAAGCGUUCUCCUUUGGGAAGUGGCUUCCCACCAUCUACACCCUUCAUCACUUGGUCACUAGCUUCGUUCACGACACCGCUUUUGAAAAGUCCUAACUACGUCCUUGAAAUUAUACAUUACAUUUUAAAAAUAAUUUCACACUCUUGAGCACCGAAUUGGAUCAGUCGAGUGAUAUGUUUAUUUAGAGGUGAUGAUCGUGUUAUAAUUGUGUACCCAUUCCUAAUAGCUCCCAGUGAAAAUAUACACGAUAGAGAUCGAUCAUCCACAAAGCAAACCAUUAUGCCUUUAAUCGUACGUAGUUUAUGCUAAUACAAGUUUAUAAUCGAAAUGUAGAGUGCUGUAUCUUUUCAAAGACAAAUUCUCUCUAUCCCAUAAGUUGUGAUUGAACUGAUUAGAGACCAUUUUACGAAAUCCAGCCUCUCACCGCUUUCCUGUGACGCGUGUGUUGCACGAGGGGCGCAAAUUUUGUAGUUUUUGUCAUUUUGUUGUCAUUCGCUAGAUGUGCGUCAUUGUUAAGCGUUCGUCGAGCGCGUUAGACCAACGUUUUCUGUUCAACGCAAACCGUCUGAAUUUUCUCUUUUUUUAGAAUGCUAAAAAAUGUGCGCAAAGCUCGACGCAUGACGCUCGACCUAUGACUAUACACGCCAAAAGAACACCAGACAUGCACAGAGCGCACUGGACCAACGCCAGUCAAACGCGGGCGGACGUUUGGUAUUCGUAGCAAGUUCGGCGGCGAACAACUAGCGCUCACACAGCGCACGCAUACUGCUUUAGACGCUUUGCCAUCCAACUGUACAUGCAGCGAGCUGAACGAAUGCUGAAGGGGUCUCUUACACACCCAACGUUCUUCUUGCGUGUUUUUGGCGAUAAACUGGCGUGUGCUUAUCGUGUAGUCAUAGGGUAUAGGUAUAUCCAGCACCACCUUCUCUUCAUUACUCAUCUAGCCCCAAGAAUUAUGACCGUAAAUAAGGUUCAUAUCAUUUUCUAGAACCUAUAUAUGAUCAUUUUUUUACAUAUUCAAUAAAAUACUGAAAACGAUAUACAUUUGGUAUUUGGUGGACAAAAUGCCACAUUCCGUGAUUUUACUUCUGGGAACAGGAUUAUUAAUUCCAUUUUGUCCAAGAAAUGUGCUGACCCAUAAUCCAAGAUGGCAGCAUCUAAAUCAUUUUUUUGCCAUUAUUUCGUCAUUUUAUGGAACUUCACGUCACACACGUUUAGUGCGUUUAUAGUGUGUUUAUAAGGGUCGAUGAAUCCUGUUAUGCAUAUUUAUUUAUUUAUCAGAAAAUAGUUAUACAGGAUAAAAAGAUAAGCUAAAUUGCUGGUUUUCUUUUCAUUUUUUGUCUGUACAGUUCCGGUCGUGCGUCGGGCUAUGCUUGAAUUUUUUCAGGUUUGAUAUACAAAUUGAUUAGUGCUUAGGUUAUAUAAAAUCAAUAGCAUAAAACAUGUGAAUUAAAAAUUAUGUAAAUAAAACAAAGAUAAUUGAUUAGUAUAAUGUGGUAAUAACUAUUCUGCACGAAUUGAUGCAAAAAAACAUUUUUUUGGCACAAAAAUUAAUGAAAGGAUCACGUAAGUGAAAGGUUUCGUUUAUUUUUCGGAUGUGUUUAUAUUAAGUUCAUAUGAUCACCAGCAUUUUCUUUUUUAAACUUUCAUUUUGAAUUUGUUAAAUCCAAAUUUAGCUCUAUCAUGUUUAGAGGAAUAGUGCACAUUUCUGAAGUUUGUUUGUACAUAAUACACCACUCUUGCAAGUAAUAAAUGGAUAUCGCGGCAUUGCACUACU